CCUUAAAAAAAGCCAUGCCCUUGUUACACCACCUUCUGUCUUUCGCAUUCUUUGUAAAUAAUGCCCAUACCUAUCAUGAAACAAAACAUAAAGAGGAAAAUUUCUUAUUACAAGUCCUAAAUUCCUCCGAUUGCCUGAAAAUCAACCAAAGAAUUCUUUUCCUUUCUCUUCAAGAUAACCAUACCUAUCCUGAAAGGAAAAUUUCUGAUUACAAGUUCUAAAUUCCUCCAAUUGCCGGAAAAUCGACCUGGGAAUUCUUUUCCCUUGUCUGCAAGAUAUGUGUCCUUUGAGAUUCAUCUUGGUGUUCAUCUCCGCAGUUCUUGCAGGGUAUUUUGCAUGGAGAACGGUUCGUUCUUCCGAGGAAAAUGGAGUUUUGGUUUCAGAGGAUUCCAAAGGGGAGAAGAAAUCUUUGAAAGACAAACAAGGGUUCAACAUGAAAAGGAUAAUUCAAAACGGCUUCUGGGUAUUUGUGGAUAUGGCCAGCGGGAGGUACUUGUGGAGAAAUCUGAGGGAGAUGAAGAAAGAUGAGAUCAAGAGCUGAUAGAUUUGACAAUGGAAGAGACGGGAUAUUGUUUUAUGUAAGAAAUAAAUGUAUCAAUUAACACUAGGUGGUAUUUUCUCUUCUUUCAAAACAAAAGUUGGAGGUCAAUGUGAGAGUUCUUUGACAGGCCAAAGAAAAAAUACAUUGUAGAUUUUUUUUCUUUUUUUUGCUGGUUUUCUCUUUCAAAUAUGCGUACUCCGUUUGCUUGAUUGAAACAAUGCAAAAUAGUAGUGAAAUUUUUAUGCCACUCUACAAA